CGCCUCGGUGCCCCAGUGCCCGCUUGCCAGACGACUCGGUGCCCCUGCUGUUCCGCCAGUUGACUCGAUGCCCGCUGUCUUGCCAGACGACUCGGUGCCCGCAGUCUUGCCAGACGACUCGGUGCCCGCUGUUCCGCCAGUUGACUCGAUGCCCGCUGUUCCGCCAGAGUUGACUCGGUGCCCGCAGUCUUGCCAGACGACUCGGUGCCCCUGUCGUGCCUGGGCCCGAGACCUGUCGCUCCGCCUGGGGGUCCGGAUGCCCGCCGCUCCGCCUGAGGGCCCGAGACCUGUAGCUCCG